AUGACGGCACUCUUCUCAUAUGCGAAGCUGCCCACUCGUGUGACCGUCUCCCUAUCCAUUAUCUCUCCCGAAGGCGCCUCUUCGACUGGACCUUCCACUCGCAACCUGAUCAUCCCCAAGCAAGGCUCUGUCUUGAUCGGCCGCGCCUCUACCAGCCCUACCAAGGACAGAAGGCCCGCCCCUGACAACGCUCUCUUCACAUGCCCAGUCAUGUCGAGAACUCACGCUAAGAUUUCGGCUCCUGAUGGACUUGACGGUCCCAUCUACCUCGAAGACACUGGCUCAAUGCAUGGUGUCUACGUCAACGGUAGAAGGAUCACCCGUACCCCAAUCUUUGAGAAGGACAUCAUCGCUUUUGGAAACAAGGUUACUCGUGCUGAAGGUGAAUACUUGUCAUCGAGCCAAGCUUUCAACUUCUCCGAGUACCCUUUUCUGACUCCUUUCCCAGCCAUCCACGACGGCGUCAGUCUCACUGUUGGCGAGAUUGUUCGUGACGGUGCCGUCCUCAGCAACACCAUCGAUCUUACCCAGAACGCGCCUCCCGCUUUGUGUUACAAGCCUGUUCCUCAACCCUCAUAUCGUGUCCCGGACUACGAAUCCGACUCAUCCAAGGAGAACAGCACCAACACUACCUUCGCAAAGCCUACCCCUGUGCCGUUCAUCGACCUCGAAUCGGUCUCUUCUCCUGCACCCUCUCACGAAGACCUUGAUCAGUCUGAAGAUGAAGAUUACGAAGGCUUGUACCACAAUGGCUUCGGGUCCGAGUCUGAGUUGGGCAGUGACCACGAGGGCCACGACUAUCCAGAGGACGAGGAUGACUUUGACGACGAUGAGCAGAGCUAUUCUGGCUCAGACUGCAGUGGAUCUCCUUAUUCCGCUGUAGCUUAUGAGGAGGAUGACACUCAGAAGGAUGAAGCCAGCUUUGAAGUCGACGAACCUCUCGAGUCUCACGAAGACACCCAGACGGCACCCGUCCACGUCAACGAUGCAGAGCUCGUCCAGCCCAAGGCCGUGUACCCUCGGGAUGAAGAUAAGGAAAAGACACGUGACGUCGCCCAGAGAAUGUCGCUCUCUUAUUUCCUCGAGCCUGCUAAACACUGGGACGUCCCCACUAUGCCGCUGGCACCAAGCGCCCGCACGCCUCCAUGCUGUGGCUCCAAGGAUCCUGAAAGUCACUCCUUGUCUCAAAGCAAGAAACCCAAUAUCGAAGCUGAAGUCACCAACCAAGACGAAGAGAAGGACAUGAAUGGUCAAGUUACGUCUGCAGACGGUCGAAACAUCGACAGGGAGCUCGAAGAUCUCGGACUCAAGGAUCAAACUGCUGCUUCCCAAGCCAGGGCCGAAGAACUUCUCGUUCAGUCAAGCUCCCCUACCGGAGGUAAACGCAAACGCGAGACCGAAGACGACGGCCAUGAGGAAAUCCCUGCUCCAGUCACUGAGCGCAAGUUGCUCAGACUGAAGUGCAACCAGCAACAGAUGCUCAGGGACUUCUUCACGAGGGGCGCUCAAGCAGCACCUCGUCCCACAAAGCGAGUAAAGCGCUCAACCGCUAGGUUCGCCUUGGGUGCAGUCGCUGGUGCCAUCGGAGGUGUCGCUACUGUGGUCGGUGUGCUCAUGACUCCCGCAUGCGAGGAGCUGCUGUCCAAUUGGCCCAUUGCAUAG